AGUUCCGAUAGUGGAAACACGCCUAUUACUGCGGGCUUUCUCGUACACCCAUACAGCUAUAUAUGUAAAUCAGUUUGCCUCAUGUUCCGCUGUUCCUGUGACAUUCGUUUGUAAAAUUUCAUCGGGAACACCAACAUUUGCCGGGAAAAUUGAGAGAAAAUUUAUGCAGUCUCCUAAAGCCAAGCGUCUUUGUAGUGACAAAAUGGUAAAAAUCGGCACGCACAACGGGACAUUUCAUUGCGACGAAGUGUUAGCAUGCUUCUUCCUCUGCCAGCUCCCGGAAUACAAGGAUGCUGAAAUCAUCCGCACCCGUGACCCUGCAGAGCUUGCCAAGUGUGACAUCGUAGUGGACGUUGGAGGGGAGUACGACCCUAAGAAGCAUCGCUAUGAUCAUCAUCAGAGGACGUUUGCGGAGACCUUUCACAGCCUGUGCCCGGAGAAGCCGUGGGUGACCAAGCUGAGCUCGGCCGGACUCGUGUACCUGCACUUUGGCCGGCAGCUCCUGGCGCAUCUCACCCAGCUGGAUCCCAGUGACCGGCAGGUGGAGGUUCUCUACGACAAGCUCUAUGAGAACUUUGUGGAGGAGGUGGACGCCGUGGACAACGGCAUCUCGCAGACGGACGGCGAGGUGCGCUACAGCAUCAGCACCACCCUGAGCGCUCGCGUCGGCCACCUGAACCCCCGCUGGAACAGCAAGAGCCAGGACACCGAGGAGGGUUUCCACAAAGCCCUGGCCAUGGUGGGAGUGGAGUUCCAGGACCGCCUGGACUACUACCGGCAAGCCUGGCUGCCGGCCCGCGCCGUGGUGGAGGGAGCCGUCCAAAUGAGAAACCAGGUGGACCCAAGUGGGGAAGUGGUGGAGUUCUCCCAGGGUGGUUGCCCUUGGAAAGAGCACCUGUUCUCCCUGGAGAAGGAGCUGGAGGUGCAGACUCCUAUCAAGUUCGUCCUGUACCCUGACCAGAACGGCCAGUGGAGAGUGCAGUGUGUCCCCGCGGGCCUCAACACCUUCCAGAACAGGUUGUCCCUGCUGGAGGAGUGGCGAGGGAUUCGGGACGACGCCUUGUCCAAGCUCAGCGGGAUCCCGGACUGCAUCUUUGUCCACGCCGGUGGUUUCAUCGGCGGCAACAAGACCAAGGAGGGCGCGCUGGAGAUGGCCAGGCGGACGCUACAGGCAGCGGCCACGGCCAACGGCGCCAACGGCAGCAGCUGAAAUCACAGCGGAGGACCGUCCAGCUCGAGACAUGUCUUUUCGUCUUGUACACCGAGUCAUACGCUGUGAGGUUUUUUUUUCUAAUAAAAUAAGUACUGUAUUUGUG